AUGGACAGCCCGCUCCAUUUCGGUACCAUGCACAGCUCUUUCAGCACAACAAACAUCACCCUCCAUUCCAGCACCAUGGACAGCUCUUAUAGCACCAUGGACAGCACCCUCCAUUCUAGCACCAUGGGCAGCUAUUUCAGCACCAUGGACAGUACCCUCCAUUCCAGCACCAUGGACAGCUCUUUCAGAACCAGACAGCACCCCUCUGUUUUAGUGAAAGUAGGCUACGCCAUGCGGGAUCUGGUGAACCGGCUGCCCGGCGGCAGUCCGACGUCGCUGUCGGACGAGACGGUGGUGUCGGUCUGCUGCACGCUGCACGAGGUCACCAGCCGUAACAUGGCGAACGCCAAAGCUCUGGCCGACAGCGGAGGCAUCGAGAAGCUGGUGGACAUCAGUAAAGGACGGGGGAAAAGGUACUCGAUGAAGGUUGUGAAGGCGGCAGCGCAGGUGUUGAACACGCUGUGGCAGUACAGAGAGCUGAGGAACUUCUACAAACAGGUCGGUACCAGCAGGAACGUCUAG